AUGUACACACACACUCUUCUUCUCCUCCUCCUCCUCCCCCUUCUGAAGCCAGGUGAGUGUGUGUGUGUGUGUGUGUGUGUGUGUGUGUGUGUGUGUGUGUGUGUGUGUGUGUGUGUGUGUGUGUGUGUGUGUGUGUGUGUGUGUGAGUGAGUGAGAGAGGGAGAGAAAAUGAAUGCGAGGGAGAGAGGUGUGAUACAGAGGUAGAUCAUAAAAUAGAUUUAGUAUUUAGAACGGUGACAAUUAGAUCACCAGGAAACAAUUGUUUAAAAAAAGAACGUAUAUUGUACCUCUUGUAUUUUUUUAAUUUAUAUUUUCUAUUAUUAGCUGUAUUAUUAGUAUUAUUAUCACUGCAUUGAUGGGAAGGAGCUCUCAAGGUAAGACUUUCACUGUUCUGUUUUACAGCUGUUGUAUCCUUUGCACGUGGCAAAUAAACUGAAACUUGAUUUCAGAUUUCUAAUGUCACGUAUGUUAGGAUUAGAUUACACUAAGAUUGAGGUUGAGACAGAUAGAGCCAUAGAGACGGGCGGUUGAACAAACACACACACACACACACACACACAUACACACACACACACAGCACUAUCAUGACUGUACAUGUAUCGUCUAUGUCAGUGAAGGUAAAUGAGAUCAUAAUAUCCAGGAGGACCACCUAGUUCCACUGAACAAUGUUCAUAGAGAGGAGGGAGGAGAUUGGCUGAAAAACGGUCACAGAGAGGUGAUUGGCUAGGUCAGGGACUCCUUCCUUCCUGUCGGGAACUCCUUUCCUCUCCUUAUUUUUGAAAAGUAAGUGUGUGUGUGUGUGUGUGUGUGUGUGUGUGUGUACGUGCGCUGUUGCUGUGUUUGGAUGUUGGCGUCGUCAGCAUUCUCUGUCAAUGACAAAGAUGAGGUCACUUCCAUUUCCUCCUGUCUCACCAGCACCCUCCUCCCCACCUCUCCACCUUCUCCCUCUCUCUCGCUCUCUCUCUAAAAGUGUGUAGUUGUGCUUCUGUACCGGAGGUGAGUCAGACUUAUGCUGUUUUGAUGAGGCAGCCCUGACUUCAAAAUCAGUGUCACCCUCGGACCAAGACAGAGUUUCCUAUUGGCCUAAUUGUUAAGACGUUGAUUUCCUGACACUUCCAGGCUCUCCCCUCACAUACAUAUAUAUUUAUCCUCCCCCCUGUCCGUCUCUCUCUCCAGGAGUGUGUGAGUCCUGUUCCCUGGUGGUCAGUCCUGCUGGGUUGGUGGUGAAGUAUGGAGCCCCUGCUUCGGCCAACUGCACCUCAGAUACGGUCACCUCUAUGGGCUGGGAGGCGAGCCAGGGAAAAGACUUCAGCAUGGGGGUGAAAGAGCGGACUUGGCGAGUAGACAGCCUGACUGACUGGAAAAUAAAGCCUCAGUGCUAUGAGAUCUCUGAGGUGGGAGGCCAGUGUGCCAGAGCGCUGGACGUUACUAUGUACAGUGAGUAACUUCCCUCUUACGUUUGCUCUCUGACUCUCUUGUGUCUCCCAGUAUCUUUAGUCUGUGCAGACCCACUCUGUUCAUUUCAAUGGUGUGUGUUUCCAUUCCUCCACAGAGCUUCCAGAUAGAGUAUACAUCAGAUAUUUAAGCCACUCUGAUCCGAUGGUUGAGGGGCAUCAGUACUCUCUGCAUUGUGUUGUCCAGAACAUCGCUCCUAUUAAGCACCUCACUGUGACCUUCUACAAAGUCUCUACCAGUGGUGAACAGACAGUGUUAUACACACAACAACUAAACAAUGACAUUAGGGAACCAGUGAAUGAGAGCUUUUCCCUGCAGUUCUCCCCCACUAGUGUUGAUGGUGGGGCCCAGUUGUGUUGUUCAGCCAUGUUGGAUCUGGGACCAGAGGGACCCCAACCUCCUCCUGUAAUGGAAUCAGAAUGCCUCAACACCACUGUGCACUGUGAGUCCAUCUGGUGAUUUUUGUGACUUGAUUGGUCAUGUCUAUCUGUACAGAUCAGUAUUGUGGUUAUGAUGGUUGUAAAGAUGGGGAUGUAAUUAUGAGGUCAUGAUGAUGAUGAAAAUAUGAUGGUUGUUUCACUGAGAUUUCAUAUCCUUUCUCUCACCCCCCCCCCCCCCCCCCCCCCCCCCCCCCCCCCCCAGUCGCUCCUGAGUUCUCCUGUUCUGCCAAGCAGCAGGUGGGAGAGGGGGAGGGGCUAACUUGUGAUGUCAGAGGCAAUCCCCUCCCAUCGGUCACAUGGCUGAGAGACGGACAGGUGCUGACCCCACCCACACACCUGAGAAGAGAGGAUGCUGGGAAUUACACCCUCAUUGCUUUGAACCGUAUCGGAAAAGCCAAUCACACAGUGGAGGUGGAGGUCCUACCUGGCCCUGCUGCUAGAGGUGUGUGUGUGUGUGUGUGUGUGUGUGUGUGUGUGUGGGUGUGUGUGUGUGUGUGUGUGUGUGUGUGUGUGUGUGUGUGUGUGUGUGUGAGAGAGAGAGAAACAGAGAGAGAAAGAAACUGCUUUUUAAGGUGUUGUUCAACGUCUGUUUCCCUCCACAGGAGCUUCCUGUCAGGCUGCUGGGAGUGCCGCGGUGGCCGUGCUGCUCCUCCAGCUCAUUCGUUGGCUAUAUUGA